AUGAAUCGUCCCUUUCUUCUCCUCUCCGUCGCUCUGAUCGCUCUCCUCUUCUUCCAUCACCGUGUUCUCGCAUCUUCCCACUUCGAAGGUUUCGAUGCUGAAGACGACGAGCUCUUGGAGGAGGAAUCCACUGAUCUUCACCACUCGCUCCGUCCACCACUUGUGACUCAGUCUGAGUCAACGGUUCUGGAUCUGGAACCAUCCCCCGAAUCCGAUUCCACUCCGAUUUCCGAAUCGGACCCUCCGGCUCAGACUGGUUCCCGGAAACCUUCCUCCUCCAUCUCGUUCGAUUUCUGGGAUGAGGACGAGUUCGAGGGAUUGCCCGUGGAGGAAAAACCGGCGGAUUCUCCGGUUGUUUCCGAUAAGGCCUCACCUGCCGAUCCACAGACGCCAGAUCCGGAGUCUGCUUCGGAGAAUCCAGACAGUAGCAUUCCGAAGAAGAAGCAGUCGUACACUGUGGAGAUCGUCUGCGUCUCUAUCCUGAUUGCUUACGCGAUCAACUACUUCACCGGAAAACGCGAGAACGAGAACAUGGCCUUGGCCUGGGCCUCGAAAUUCGGUCUCCCGGAUACGAUAUUCGGGAAAAACUUCAGUUUGGUGGGAGUUGGUGAAGGAGAGGACUCGCCGUUGUUGCUGAAAGAAGCGACGAACGUGUUCAAGUUCUACGCUAGCGGGCGUAGGUACUGCCAUGGAUUGCUGGCGACGAUGGAGCUCAAGAGCAGACACGAUCUGAUCUCGAGGCUGUUCAACGCGGUGGUACCUUGUAAAGAUGAGAUCAGUUUCGAGGUGUAUAUGAACGAUGAGGCCAUGGAUCACAUCGUGUUCGCGAUGGCGAGGAAGAAGGCGGCGAAAGCGAUGCAGAAGGAGCUGAGGGAUCUGCAGAGAUUCGGAGGGAUAGUGCCUAAUCCCGGCGGGAGGAAGUGGGUAUCGGAGGAGUUAUCUGUGGUUUCUGAGUCUAAGGAGGUAGCUGGGGAUAUGAUCACAGAGAUUGCACUUGAUCAGGUUUUUGGCGACAAGUCAUUCGAAAAGUUUGGGAAGUAUUUCAUCUCAAUGCAUUUCUCAGACCAACAUCCAGGCAAACACAGGAAGAUGCUGCUUUUCAAGUUUGCCAUCCCAGAAACUAAACACAUGGAUGAUAUGGUUCGGUUGGUAGCGCUAAUUCCGUAUUACAUUGACUUAAUCGGACGCUACAAGCUCAGCCCCCAGGCAAGGAACAAAACUGAUGGUGCUAGGCAGAAGGCAGCUCAGGAAGCGUACAAGGAACUUCAGAACGUGAGGCAAGAGGCAUUGCAGAGAAAGAAAGCCGAAAAGAAGAAAAUAUUGGAGGAAGCGGAGGCAAAGCUUAGCGCCGAGGCUCUAAGGAAGAAAGAGGCGAAAGAACGUGCACGCCAGAUGAAAAAAUCAAUGCCAAAAGUUAAGAUGAGCCGUGGUCAUUAG